AUGCUAGAACUAACCGUCGUCGUGUGUUCCACGUCGGGCAAGCCCGUGUUCCACGCCAUGGUCUCGGCUACGUCAACAGCCCCGACGUGCUCAUCAACCGAAGACGACGAGAUGCCGUCCGCCACUUCGUUCGCAAGUUCACUUCAAGGCCUCUUGUCGUUUGUGGCCUGUACGCAACAGGAAGAGCUGCAGGAGCUUCAAAGUCACGGCUGUCGCUGUGUGUUCUACAGCACCCAAACGCUCACAUUUGCGGCCAUUGAACGGGAUGUUUACAGCGACCAGACUGACAACACGUCGAGCUUCUCAGUGACAUGUCUUGAGCAUCUGCUGCACUUGCUGCAGAGUCAGCUUCGGUUCCUACUGAGCGAUCAGGGGCUCCAUGUGCUGCAGAGACAGCCAAACUACGACUUGCGCCAACGUCUCCAUGGAACGGAGCGAGUCACGCGGUCGUUGACGGGACUUUGGGCAGUGCAUCCGACGCUGCGAUUCAAGGACUUUGGCGUGCCGUUCGUUCGGCUGCAACUCGCGAGACGACGGCAAGUCACGAGGAUGUUGGCGGCAGCAGGUGAAGCAGAGACGGAGCACUUGACGUCUGCGAUGAUCUGUGCGGUGUUGCUAGCCAAGGAAAAGGUGGUGGCGAUCGCGCAGCCAAAGAAGAAGCAGUUUAGCAUGCGCGUGGAUGACCUUUUGCUGCUCAUCAACUUUGUUUACCACGCGCCGUCACUGGCAGCGUCCGAAACGUGGACACCCGUUUGCCUGCCCCACUUCAGUCCUCGAGGGUUCCUGUAUGCGUACGUGGCGUUCUUGACGACAGACGUGUGUUUGCUGCUACUAAGCAGUCAGCCCUCACCCGAGCAAUGUCCACACUUUCAGGCGAAGAAGGUGUUUGUUGCGCGGCGUCUCGAGGACAGUGGGGCUAUGGACGAUAUCCGAGCUUCACUGAGGAACCAUUCCGAGUGGCGGCCCCAUCGAGAUCUGCCGUUGCUGCUCCACUUCAUCUACAAAAACGAACUCACGGGGGAGUGUGCUGAGCCUGCGUUGGGGUUCCCCUUCGACGAUGCGGAUUUCCACACGCGUCUGCAGCUCUUGAAUGCGUACGCCACGGUACACCAUUUGAUGUUCCCGAGUCCAGCUGACCCGCACAGCCUUCGAGCGAGUCAAGUCUUGGGCGAACGUCUUUUAGCUUUGCAAGACGAUACGGCAGCACGAAUGGUGUACGAGCGCAGCGACACGGGUCUCUUUGUGGGUAUGUGUAGCACCGACUACCGGCUGCUCGUCUGGUUUGACGCGCUCGUGGCGAUUCCCGACGCUCGGCAGCAGCUGCAAGUGGUGCUCGAUCGAAUUCGUCACGACGAAGAGCUCAUGUCCGUUACUCUCUUUGUUUCCAGUGGUGGAUUGGCGUGA